CCUCUCAUAAUCUUUGUCCACUAUCUGACCACCCAGAAAGGCUGACGAGUGGAUGGGAGUGCUGUCUCCCAGGAAUUUUCUGCUAUUAUUCUUCAAAUCAUGGGAUAGAAGCGGGAUCUGUCCCAGUGGUUUCUACUGUUGGGCUGGUUUGGUUGGACUACCGUGGAGCUCUUGGUGCACUUUACCUCCCAUCUCCUCAGGGUUUCACCACAGGAAUAGCGUGCGUGUGUGUGUGUGUGUGUUCGUCCAGCAUGAGGUCUGCAUCAAAUAUUCUUGAGUCUCGCAGCAGGAGUGGAUCAUCAUGAGAGGGGGUCACCAUCAGCGAGGCUGUGGGUGUCACCACCUGUUCAGAAAACUCCUCAGUAAAUGUGGCUGCUGCUCUGUUCGGGUCAGAGCAGAGUCGUACUCUGUGGCAGGCAGUACCGGCAGCAUCACCCAGUCAUCGGUGGGCCAUGUGCCCCACCAUGCCUCCGGCGGCUCCAGCCCCUGCUCACACUCCUCGGCUGGAGGAACACGGCACCCUGUCAGCACUCUCAAGAAAUGGCUCACCAAUCCCGUCCGCAAGCUGGGCGCUGACGCCGGAGGAGGAGCGGGAAGAACGGAGAAGCAGAUGUGCAGUUUAGACAGGAGGCAGCCACCAUCGCUACUUUCCCAAAGUGAACCUCAGCCGAGGCCUCAGGAACCGCACAACAACAACACUGUCCUCCCGUCGGGAGAUAUGGUGUGGACAGACGGUGUGUCGAGUCCUACGACUCCUCCAACACAGACGCCCUGCCAGAGACACUUAUCUGACCUCCCGCAAGACACAGACACUCAGUCCUCAAGUCAGAGAUCCAGCAUCAGCACUUUCCAAGGCAAAGACGUCUGCUCUGCGAGUGACGACUCAGGGAGCCAGUGGUCCGGCGCAGUGGACAGCGAAGAGGAGAGAAACAUUGCCCUUGAGAAGAGCAUAUAUGUGCUGACGGAGCUGAUAGAGACGGAAAGGUUGUAUGUGGAAGAUCUUGGGCUCAUAGUGCAGGGCUAUAUGGGCACUAUGGUCAAUCAAGGAGUUCCAGAGGACCUGAAAGGAAAGGACAGGAUUGUGUUCGGAAACAUCCAGCAGAUCUAUGACUGGCAUAAGAAUUAUUUCCUGGGAGAGUUGGAGAAUCGUGUGGCUGAUCCAGACAGCCUGGCCCAGCUCUUCAUCAAGCACGAACGGCGUCUUCACAUGUAUGUGGUUUACUGUCAGAACAAACCCAAAUCAGAACACGUUGUCUCUGAGUUCAUUGACACAUAUUUUGAGGAUCUCAGGCAGCUGUUGGGCCACAGGUUGCAGCUCAAUGAUCUGCUCAUCAAACCUGUUCAGAGGAUCAUGAAGUAUCAGCUACUGCUGAAGGACUUCCUGAAGUACUACAGCAAAGCAGGAAAGGACGUUGAGGAGUUGCAGAGGGCGGUGGAGGUGAUGUGCUUCGUGCCAAAACGCUGUAACGAUAUGAUGAAUGUGGGCCGGCUGCAAGGUUUUGAGGGGAAAAUCACGGCUCAGGGGAAGCUGCUGCAGCAGGAUACCUUCUGUGUCAGUGAACAGGAAACCGGCAGCAGAGCGAAGGAGAGGAGGGUCUUCCUGUUUGAGCAGCUAGUCAUCUUCAGCGAGCCAAUUGAUAAGAAAAAGGGCUUCUCUUUGCCAGCGUACACUUUUAAAAACAGCAUAAAAGUCAGCUGUUUGGGUGUGGAGGAGCAACCUGAGCACAAUUCAUUCUUUCUAGUCCUGACCUCCCGCGGGACUGACGGCAGCGUGGCGCGCUUCGUCAUGCAGGCGUCAUCACCGGAAAUACAGCAAGCUUGGUUCGAUGACGUGAGCCAGAUCUUAGAGAACCAGCGGAACUUCCUUAAUGCCCUUCAGUCCCCAAUAGAGUACCAACGAAGCAAGUCAAGCAGCCUGGGCAGGAACGUGAAGUCUCCAACUGCGUCAGCAUCUGGUCUGGGACCUCACUCCUCAGCAUCCAUGGGCCGACGGCCGCAGACCCGCCCGCUGUCUUACAACACCUCGCUGCCCUCUCUGCAUCCCCCGCAGCACAGCCCGGCCUCCAAGGCGCUCAGUUUGUGCACAGAGGGGAAACACGGCCGCUGGGCCUCCAACGGGCUGCCGCCCUGCAGCCAGCACGACAUGCAGGAUGCGACCGCCAGUUUCCAGGCGAUCGCAUCAGACGAGACUUCACAUCAGCCGAACGAUCCCGACGAGCUGAAGGAGAGGGAGCAGUAACCAACCUUCUGAUGUAGCAGCGAGUCACAGUGCUCCGUCAGCAUCGUUUGAUUCACUCCUGUAUAGUGUCAUCAAGGUCUCAGCGUCUCCCAUCUUUACUUUGUUUUAAUAAAACUCCCUCCAAAAUACCAACAUGCUUUAGGUAAACCCGGGUUUAAUAUUUGUGAUCCUGUUGGUUUGAUUGUGUCCGUUAACUCUGAACAUUCUCAUGUCUGCAGCUGCCGACAUGAUGAGAUGAAAUGUGUGAAAGUAUUCUGAAUUCCAUAUUGUAUAUGUAUAUAUUUCUUACUUUUUUCAUUGAAAACACAUGCAUGGAUAUUUUUGUAAUGCUUCAUAUUUUCAUAAGGGGCCGCCCCCCCGAGGACUCUGAUCUGAAAUCCCUUCAUGCUGUCAUGCUGUGUGUUAUCAAAAGUGGAGACUCUGAAUCCGCAAGUUUGUUUGUGCGCAGAUUAACAAAUCGCUGUGUUUAACUCUUUUAACCCCGUCGUUGUUAUACUGUCACCUGAACUCAAGGCAAAGCUCACACCCUAACGAAGCAGACAGAGGAAAAAGGAACAAGAUAACAGGGGUGUUCAUUUGUGACUGUCAUCUUGAAUGUAAAUAAUCUCAUAUAAAAUCGCAUCAUUAAAAGUCUUUGAAUUUUGGUGUCUACGCAUUAAGAAGAUUGCUGUUCCGUUCUGGUCGUUAUCAUUUUUCCUAAAAAACAUUUCCCAGCGACUGCUGUAGCAUCAAACAUGUCCUUCCGUUUCGUGUUUCUUUGUUGUAAUCCGUAGUUAGAAUGCGUCUUCCGGUAAUUGUUGUGUAAUAUUUUCCUUGAACCACAUUUCCGUAAAGCAUUAGUAAGGAGUUAGUUUUUAGUUGUUUUUUUCCCCUGUAAUUUUAUGUCAGUCCUAAAGGUCGGUUAAUGUCUGCCCCAAAAGUAAAUUGUCUUACCAUAGUCUGAAUCAGAGGCCUGUUAGAGGCCAUGCCACACCGUACUAUGACAUAGAGGGUAUCUUUGUGGAUUCUUUACCUAAUUUGUAUUUUUAAAAAUGAUUUUCUAUUUU